GAAACUGGCGAGGUACCGCGCCGGACUGCUGUUGUCAUUUGACUUCUUGAGGCUGAGGCUGCUGUCAACAAGGUGUUACGAUGGCUCUGUCUCGUCCACUGGCCAAGGGCCUGCCUCUGAAGCAUUGCUGUGAAGCUGUUUCAUCAGGUGUAGGCAUUACACCAGACAAGGGUCAGGAGGUGCACCAGGUGACCCGCUCCCAGCUCUCUAAGCUGCACCUGAGCCCGUCGUCUGAGCUGCACGUGCACUCGACCAGCCUGCACCCGCCUCUGAUGCCGCCCAACCUGGACGAGCUCAACUCGUCGCGGUUCAAGUUCAGCGCGCGCCGCUCGCGGGACAUCUCGGGCCGACUGGCGCUGCUGAGCGGCGGCGGGCUGUCGGUGGGCCGCGCUGGCCAGGACGUGCCCCGCACGGCCGGAGGGGCGCCGCCGGCCGCGCCCGACUCGCACGUGCAGUCGUACGACUGCCGCGGCGCCAUCAGCCUGCACUCUGUGAUGCAGACCAACGUGCCGGAGCCGUUUGACGUGCACCUGACGGGCGGUCACACGGCUGACGAGCUGCACAUGCCCGGCGGUCAGCCCACGCACCUCAACAUGCCCGGCGGCCAGGCCGCUCAGGAGGAGAAGUUUAUCGCGCGCGACCUGCAGGCCGUCCACCCGCGCAAACAGCAGUGAGCCGCAGUGCCAGCUUUGUGGGAGGAAGCAGCGUGCACGGGUUAUGUGCAGUGUUCGGUACUGAUGGGCCAUUACUGACGGAUGGCGAGAGAAGGCCGGACGGAGCGCCAUCUGGCGUCCGCAGUCGGCCGGGGGCGCCGUCUGGCGUCUGCAGUCUGUUGAUCAGACGUGCAGUCUGCCGUCUGCUCUGCAGUCUGUCGUUUAAAGACUGCAGUCUGUCCUGCAGUCUGACGUCUGCGGUUCUCCAGUCGGUUGGUCGGCAGGCUGUACCGCAGUCUGAAGUCUGUACCGCUGUGUGACGUCUGUACCGCAGUCUAUCGUCUGCAGUCUGCCUCCAGUGGCCAGCUGCGGAGUGUCAGACGGAGACACGUGGAACCUGGCUGUGAGGUGACACCUCAGCUUGUAUCUAUACCCGUAGGUCAGGGGUGACCUGGGGUCGGCCCGGUGGCUGCCGGCCGCGGCCCGUCGGUGGCCAGUCGCUGAAACUGCCAGUGGGUGCUAUUUGGGUGUUAUCUGUGUGCUACUAGUCUGAGUAGGAUCUCGGAAGCAGCGAUCCGGCUUGCCGAAAACAACAAUCAUCAGUGAAGUCGUUGAAUUAGUUGAAAUCUUAGUGACCUGGCGUUGUUUGAUACGUGUUUAAUCGCGUCUCCAAAUCUCUUCAGAUGGUGCUAUAGAUUGUGCUAAUCGUAUCGUUACAAACGCUGGAAGUUGGUAGUUUCUCGCGCUGCCAGGACGUUUUAACGUGUGGUGUCUGCGUUUUCCUUGGAACCCACAUCGAAGACGCGAGUGCCUGGCCGCUGUAAAUGUUAUUCGCGUUGAAGUCGUCUGUUUAAUCACGUCGAACAACGUUCGCGUUGGUAUUAUAGUGAGAUCGGGGUGGCCCAACCGAGCUACGCUGAAGUAGAUACCCCACCUAACGCGUUGUAUCUAUGUUUGGGGGCGUGUUUUGCACAUACAUACAUUAUUAGUACCUGAUGCAUGUUGAUCGGGCUUUUGUGCCGCAGUGCUACGUUCCAGUAGUGCCGUGUAGCACACGUGCAAAUCAGUUCUGCAUGUGCUAACGGCUACAUCGGUUAGCCGCGGACAUAAGGACAGCUCGAUUCGCUGCCCCGCCUGGUCCGAGUGGUCCGAGUGUCUGUGUGUGUGUGUGUGUGGGGGGGGGGGGCUGGCCCGGAGCUCGUGUCGCCCAAGUGUUACGGCGUGGGGUAGGCAGCGGGAAAUUGGGGGGGGGGGGGGCUGCUCUGCGCCUACUGCCGCCAUAGGCUCGUCAAUGGGGGUGUGUGUGCCGCUAAUACACGAAUCUCAACAGACAG